AGGCGGAUCUCCAAGUCCAGACUCCAGGACUUCCUCAGCAGAGCGGAGCCCGCGGCGCAAUCAUGGAUGAUUCUUCUCCUCGUCCUGUUCGCUCCAUGUUUGCGUGGCUGGUGGGAGCGUCGCAGGUGCUGGGCUUGGCGUCUGUGGUGCUGACCGGUGUGUGGAUGGGUCACUACCGCGGGGGCUUCGCUUGGAAUGGCUCAGCGCAGGAGUUCAACCUGCACCCUCUGUGCAUGGUGCUGGGGCUGGUCUUCCUGCACGGCGAUGCCAUCCUGGUCUACAGAGUAUUUCGUAAUGAGGCGAAGAGGAACGUAAAACUGCUUCAUGGCAUCAUUCACCUGCUCGCCCUCAUCAUCAGCAUCAUAGGUUUUCUCGCUGUGUUUGACUUCCACAAAGCAGCAAAGUUCCCAGACAUGUACUCUCUACACAGCUGGUGCGGCAUGGCUACCAUAGUCCUGUUCUGCUUACAGUGGGUGAUGGGUUUGCUGUUCUUCCUGUUUCCGGUCGCAUCAUCAGGGCUACGGGCCUCGUACCUCCCCAUCCAUGUGUUCUGUGGUCUGGUGCUGCUGGUUAUGGCCAUAGGGAGCAGUCUGCUCGGCAUCACGGAGAAACUCCUCUUCAGCAUCAUGCCGACCUACUCCCUGUUCGACCCAGAGGGGGUGCUGGCCAACAUUUUGGGGAUCGUGCUGGUGUGUUUUGGGGUGCUGCUUGGCUACUUGAUCACCAGGGAAGACUACAGACGCCCGCCCAACCCAGAGGAAGAGUCUCUGUCUGUCCACUUCAAGACCCUGAUUGAGGGGGGGUCACCCACCAGGCCCUGACCUCUAGUCUGUAACCUCCACUUCACUUGGAUACAAGCAGUUUUGUGCCUACAGACUGUCUGUUCUACCAGUCUUCUAAUGCCUAGUUAAAGAGUCAUCAGUUCAAACACAAAUUGCCAUGAGCGUGGUCAGACAAGACAAAAGUUUAUGUUUCGGUGAAGUCACUAAACGGACAGGAAGCAUAAAAGUGUUUCUCUCUCUCCUGUCUCUUCAAUCAACUUCCAACCAAAAUGAUUUAUGUCUUUUAUUGCGAUAAUUAAUAGGAAAAAAAUAGUAAAUGUAAAUGUUAACUGCAGUAAAAGAAAAAUAUUAUCACACCCAUCAAAUUCAGUUUAUACAGUGUAUAGAAAAUUAACAAGACUUCUGAUUGUUGUAUGGCUUCAAAUAGGAACACAAGCAGCCCAAGGUAACCAAUCACAGCUGUCGUCACAUGGCAUCUCCAUAGCCGCUGUGGUGUUGACAUGUCGUGACCUUUUUUGAGUGGGCAAACGUCACCUACGGUAUAUCUACAGCAGCUGUGUGCGAAAUUAAUGCUAAUGUAUAACUGCACUUACGUGUAUCUCAGACAGCUCAGAAACUGUUUUCCCUGGAGUAACUGGAUUUACAAAUGUACUCCUACAGUAUCUAUGACUUCUGCAAGUCAACUGAGACCCAAACCCAGGCCUUACUCCUAAAUCUAACAGUCGACUGAACAUGACUUGUAUUACCAAAUGUGAGAUUCAAACUUAACCUGGAGCUUUAUUUUUCACUGGCAGUUCAACAGGCUAACGCAACCAGUCACUACUCCUUUUCUCACCCCACUGGGCACUGGGAGAGACUGACGGCCAUUUCUCAAUAGAUUACAUUUGAACAGAGACCAAAGCAUUACACAACAGAAAAGGUUUGAACCCAAGCCAGAACCUGAUGCUUUGUCUGGAGCCAUCUGGUCAGGUAGCAGAACUCUGUCUCUCACUAAUCUAGUAGUGUAGUCCUGCAAAGUGACCAGAUGUUACCACUAGAGCAGUGGUUCCCAACCUUUUCCAACUCAUGGCCCAUGUCAAAAUCUCAAAAAUGUCCACAUACGACCCCAAAACAAAACUUUUUGGUUGACGGGGGGUUUCACCAUCUGUGUCUUGACUCUCUUUCCUUUUAAUUCUUUCUGUUGCUAACCGACUACCCAUUGUGAUUCUCCACUUUUUGCCAUGGAUGUAAUCUUUUAGUGUGCAAUCAGACUGAGAUAGCAAACAAGUAUAGUAAUUGGUCCAGCUUGUGACAACAUUAGAGUUUUUCAACUUUAUAUUUUUAAUUAUAUAUAUAUCUCUUCACCAAAAUUGGACUGUUUUGCUAAUGAGUUGUCAGCACACUUGCAAUACCUUUGCAGCCCACCAGUGGGUUGGGAGCCACUGCACUAGAGAUACCUGAUAUCAGGGCUGAUCUGAACAUUUUUAAUCUAUACAUCUCUCUCUUAUCUCUCAUUAGCAGCGUACAAAACAUCCAGAUAGCAGCUUCUCACUUUUAGCCUGCACUAAGCGUCACUUUCUAAAAUUAAACAUCAUAUCAGCUGUCGCUAAUUAACGUCAAUUCUGUGAGUGACUUGAUGUUGUCAGGUUCAUGUGUCUAUACUCAGCCAAACAUCUGUAACACCACUGUCCAAUCAGAGUGGACCGAAUGUUUUUUAGUCCCAACAAAAUCAUUGGAGUGAUAUGACCUCUAUAGUAAAAUUAUCUAGCUGAUCACAGCAUUCUCCCACUUUCACUUUCAUUCAUAUCAAAUCAAUAAUUAAAGCUUAUAAACUUAUAAAGAUGUGCCAAAUUUACUCUUCUAUAUCUGUUAUUUGAAUAUCUUCUGCUGCUAUGUAUAUAAUUACUUUUACUGUGUAUAUUAAGCAUUUCUUUCGGCAGCUGUGUCAUUUUGAAUCAGAUUUGGUAUCAAUUCUUGAUCAGGACAUUUCCUAGUUAGUGCUCUUGGACAGUUUGAUUUUGUUGAAAGUCAAACAGUGCGCCCACAUUUAACCUUCUCAUUGAUCUACGCAUUUCAUUUAGAACCACUCAUGUGCCCUCUUGAUUUCGUACAUUUGUUUUUUAUUCCUUAAGCAUAAUUACAAAUAAAUACAUAGACUAAAUAUUAAUACAUUUGUUUUUUUUUUGAAGAGGACAAAACAAAAAUCUGCAAAAUCCACUCCUUUGCACAUCCAAUUGUAAAGCUGCAGCUGGACCUGUGCCAAGUGAUCAUCCUUCGUCUUCAUUAAACUAAUAGAUAAUGCUGCCAAUAAUGAUAAUAUUCAUAAUUUGUGAAAAUGACUCACACACUACAGCGCCACAAUAUCCACUGUCCUACAGUAUCUGUACCUGUCCGAGAUCCAAGUUGUAAGAAGCCAAGUCAGUACUAUUUGUCCACAAAGAAAUAAUGUAUUAACAAAAUGUUUUCCUGUGUCCACUAGUAAGCUGUUUGUAUUCAAAUGAACUGUCAUUUAAGAAAAAUAUGUCUGUUCAGUGUGUAUUAAUUCAUGUAUGUUCUUCAGCUUUGGCUUGUUGAUACGUUUACCUUAAUAUGUUAAAUUCAUAUAUUUGAAUGUUGAACCAAAUUUAAAAAAAAUGUAGCUACAGUACUUUUUGCUUUUUGCCUUGACUUCAGGAAUCAGCCCCAGUGCCUAAUGCAAAGCUUUUACAGAAAACUGGCCGAUUUACAUUAGUGGGUGUUGUUUGUCUUUACGUACUUACAGUAUAUAGACGUUGUCACUUUUCAAUAGCAAAUUUAAAUGUCACUGGGACAACCUGAAAUGAAUAAAACAAUGUGUGUGAAA